UGGCUGGAUAUAAGACGCAGGACUGAAUCGCUUAUUGCUGUGAUUGUCAUGCCGUCCUCGACUCCGAACCCAUUGCCUGCGCCCGUGAUCCACCAAAGCAUCGGACGUGAGUAGUGACGACGAGCGGAAGCCGUGGUUUGGCAGACGCAAAUACGAACGCGGCUGUGUGACGACCAAACUCCAAUUGCAGCCGUAUCUACACGUUACGCGCGACCACAAAUGUACCGUCCGACAAUAUUUUCUCACUCUACAGCACCUCGAAUACACUUGCAGUUUGUUCCAUGUGAUACACCAUAAGCAUCAUGGCUUCCACUCCCUCCGCGCACCGAGGUCAAACACGGAGUCCUGAAUCAUUCGAAUCGCAACAAAUGCGGGACAACGCAGCCGAAAUCCUAGAGAGCUAUGAGAAGUUAAGUUGGGUGUCCUUCAACCGUCAUGAGAGCAUACCUCAAACGCGUCUCUAUCUCCAAAAGAUCAUCGCAGGCUUCGACCCGGCUGUAGCGGGAAAGGCCUACUGGAAAGAAGACUUCACUCCACAUCCGUCCAAAGAGAACGAGCAGCCGCAGUCAAGCAGGAAAGGCAAGGAGCGAGUGAGCUUUGCGACCAGUGGAGAGACACCCGUCCAAGCCGAAUCGAGUACUCGGCGGGUAUCAAAGGGUAAGCCACCGACAUCAACAGACAACGGGGCUGUCGGCUCGUCGUCUUCCUCGUCGAGAAAGCGUCAGCAUGGAAGUGAGAUGGAUAUAUCUUGAUAUUGUCCAAACUUCAUUGUCAUAUUGAUCAAGUCCACGCUUCAUCAGCCACAGACUUCCGCUUCUCUGAAUCGUACUAGUUUCUCGAAUACCUGAUGCUAUUGAGUUUGGAAUGACUCAACGCUACCUCACUAUGCUAACAAGCUUUCUGGGAUUGAAUGAUGUGCUACUUAUACAGGACCUAAAUU